UCCACUGACGGCGCCAGCGCUGAGCUCGUCGGUGGUCAUGGCCUUAUCGUCUUCCUUCAUCUCUUCCUCUUCUCCUCCUUUGCUCCACUCGGCCUCUCCAUUCGACCUCAGAAGGAAUCAUCGAAGAGCGUCGUGGAGACCGACGACUGGGACAUCCUCCGACGCCGAUGGCUCCGCAAGGGUUUUGAGGUGCGCGCUAGGUUCACGACCCAGGAGGGCAUCGGGAACCCCUCGCCCUUCUUCUUCAUCUCCUUCGACUUUGCCACGGUCUUCUUCUGGUUCUCGUUCUCCUCCGAAGCAGCGGCACUGGAAGGAGGGCCCUUCUUCUUCUUCUUCUUCGACUUUGCCACGGUCUUCUGCUCCUGCUCGUUCUCCUCCCAAUAACCGGCACUGGAAGGAGGGCCCUUCUUAUUCUUCUUCUUCGACUUUGCCACGGUCUUCUGCCCCUGCUAGUUCUCCACCCAAGAAGCGGCACUGGAAGGAGGGGGAGUUCCCGGGGGCGUCGGAGAGCUUUCCGUCGCGGCGGCCGCGGAUGCCCAUCAAGAACAUCAAGAAGAAGAUGGAUGACCGCGCUGCCGCCAAGGCCUGGGUGUGCACCGUCACCGAGGCGCUCGCGGAUCGGAUCCAGAAGAGGCAGUGGCAGGAGGCGCUCAAGGUUUUUGAUAUGUUGAAGGAACAACCAUUCUAUUCUCCAAAAGAAGGCACCUAUAUGAAACUCCUUAUACUUCUAGGAAAAUCUGGUCAAGCUAUACGAGCCCAUGAACUCUUUGAUGAUAUGACGGAAGAAGGAUGCCAACCCAAUCCUGAAUUAUACACUGCAUUGUUAGCAGCUUACUGUAGAAGCAACCUCCUCGAUGAAGCAUUUUCCAUCCUAGAGAAAAUGAAGACCUUACCUCUUUGUCAACCUGACGUCUAUACAUACAGCACACUUCUCAAGGCUUGCACCGAAGCAUCAAGAUUUGAUCUAGUUGAUUCACUGUAUCAAGACAUGUCCGAGCGUAUGAUAUCUCCGAAUACUGUCACACAAAACAUAGUUCUCAGUGGCUAUGGAAAGGCUGGCAAAUUUGAUGAGAUGGAGAAAGUUCUCUCGGGAAUGCUGGAGAGUUCUACUUGCAAACCUGAUGUCUGGACCAUGAAUAUCAUCCUAAGCCUAUUUGGAAACAUGAGUCAAGUUGACGCAAUGGAGAAGUGGUAUGAAAGGUUCCGUGCCUAUGGAAUUGAACCAGAAACACGAACCUUUAACAUUUUAAUUGGUGCCUAUGGGAAGAAACGGAUGUACGACAAAAUGACUGCAGUGAUGGAAUACAUGCGAAAGUUGGAAUUCCCAUGGACCACCUCCACUUACAACAACAUAAUUGAAGCCUUUGCAGAGGUCGGGGAUGCAAAAAACAUGGAGUGUGCUUUCAAUCAGAUGCGAGCAGAGGGGAUGAAAUCUGAUACCAAGACUUUCUGUUGUCUGCUCAAUGGUUAUAGUAAUGCCGGCCAAUUUCACAAGGUAAUCAGUACUGUUCAACUUGCAGAAAGACUGGAGGUACGGCGGAACUCAUUCUUUUAUAAUGCCUUGAUCUCAGCCUGUGCUAAAGCAGACGAUCUGCCGGAGAUGGAGAGAGUUUUCAAACAUAUGAAAGAUGGGGAAUGCACUCCAGAUUCCAUUACAUUUGGUAUCUUGGUUGAAGCAUACAGAAAGGAAGGGAUGACGGAUAAAAUUUACGAUUUGGAGCAAGAGAAUCCAGGAAAGUUUGAAGCUAAGCUUGUGACUCCAUGAAAAAUGCUUCAGGAUGCAGGCAGGCUGUCAGGGAAUUAGAAAUGCUUUUGUUGGUUGUGACCGAGUGAUGACUAACUGAUAUCGGUCGAGAAGUUACUUCUCGAUACAAAGAACAGGUUUUCUUGGUAGAAUCUUAAUUUGCCAUGCGAAAGCAGAAAACCAAAAGGCAAGAUGCAUAAACUGUCAGAAGGGGUAGCAAAUGGAAUCAAUGCCUGCGGCGGCUAACUAGUACUUUUUUUGAAAGAUUAUGCUGGUGUGUUGUUUGUUGUUAUCUUUAGUUACAAGCUUACAGCGUUUAGUUUUUUGGUAAAAGAAAUUUUGAGGUGAUUCAUUGACCUCUAAUGGAAAAGAUUGUUGUGUAGUGAGACUGUUUGUAUUUAGCAAAUUUAAAUGGAUUUAUCACUUCAAAUUUAAA